CCCGAGGGCGGGGCUGCAGACAGCGUUGGGCGGCUUGUCGCGGUGCAGCGCCGCGUCGCGCACUGAGCUGGCUCUGCAGCGGGUGAGCUGGUGAGCCAGGCCGAUGGCGGUGUCGACGGCCCUGUCGGCUGCAGCUGCGGCUGCAGCCCUAUCCGGCCUGGCAAUGCGAUUGUCGCGUUGGGCGGCGACGCGCGGCUCCUACAGCGCCUUCUGCAAGGGGCUCACGCGCACGCUGCUCACCUUCUUCGACUUGGCCUGGCGGCUGCGCGUGAACUUCCCCUACUUCUAUAUGGUGGCCUCGGUGAUGCUCAACGUCCGCCUGCAGGUGCGGAUCGAGUGAGCCAUCGCCGGCCACAACGGCGGCCCCCCGGGUGGAGAGCGCCACCCACGCCACCCCGCCAUCCCCGCCGGGCGGCCGCAUGAAGGACCGUGGGGCCGCUCAGGGCCCAGAAACGGCGGCGCGGGGCGCAGGCGGGACUGCCUGGGCCCCUCCAUUUUAGGCCUCCGAGGAGGGCCACAGUACUGCAUCCCAUACUGCAAAAACCCUUCGCAGCCUAGUCAUUUUCCGCGGCAUCCAGAGAAUUAUCAGAGUCUGGCAAACCUGUUGCCUCCGAUUGGCCAGAAAGAGGGAGAACCCGAAAGAGGGGGUGCUACCGCAGGAUUUACCAGGCCCUGUGCAGGAAGCCUGCUUCUCCCAUCCUCCCUGUCUGCCCAGCAGCACCUGCGACGACACUGGCCUUGGUCUUCUGGGUGAUGGCUCCCUUCUCUGAUCAUUUCAAGAUGGAUCCCUAUGUAGAGAUGCCUGCCUCUGUUCCUGAGCAGCCCGGGGAGCAGCUGAGUGAAGAACCUGCCUAGAAGAGGAAGGGCCUUUCUGGUAGAGGCCUAGAGAGUGGUGGGGUUGCUCAGGCCUUCUGGCCCCACCAUAGAAAAGAUGCCAGUGUACCUCGGGUUAUCUCCUAGCAACACUGUGAGGGAGACAUAUUCCCUCAUCUCAUGAACACAAUGGGGCUCAAGUGCCGGGCUGGGUUUGCCCUUGUUACACACAGAAAAAGGGGGAACUCAGCCUGCCCUGGACCUGCAUUCCCCCACCCCUUCUGCAGUCUUCUUCAUGACCUAGAAGGACGCCAGGGUGGGGAGGGAGUAGAGAGCUGCCAGGGACCUAGGGAGAAAGAGAGGCUGUGGGUUAGGGUAGCUGGGCACCUGCCUUUCCUUGGAGUAGACUAGAAGACAGGCAGAUGUUGAGUUCAUGAAGAGAGAGGAAGGUUCAAGAACUUCCUGAAAGUAGUCCUCUCCAUCAGGGGCCCCUAAGCAGGUGUGUGGUAGUGGACUACAAUGAUGGCAUUGUGGUUCAUGGGAAGUCGAGGAGCUACAGGCUGAGACCCAUGGUAUGGCCCUCUUUCUAUGUUCCCAGGCUUGUAGCCCAAUCCCAGGCAUCACAUGGGAAAAAAAUUCUCCUCCAGAUAUACUGAGCACAGUCUGUCCAGGAGGCCCUUCUUAGGUUAGACUCUCCAAAUGCCCAAGGAUGGCCCAAGGGAUACUUUUACUACUUACCUACACUCCUCCAAGCUUCUCCGUCACUGGUGUCUGAAGGCCAUGCAUUCCAUUCCUGAUAUGGAAACCUUCAGCAUGCUGGUCAGCCUUGACCUACUGGGAGAAAUGAGUGUGGAGACAGAGGCCCUGCCUUCUUAGACCUCCUGCUCCAGGAAGCCCCUCCCUGCUCAUGUCCAGGUAUGGGCUGUGGUGUGAGGUCAGAGGCACUGGCAAUGGACUGGACUCUGGACCAGGAGAUGGGGGUAGAGCUAGGACUCUGCUUUGUGUUUGUGUCCCAUUCUGGCCCUGAGUAGUCUGUGAGCCUCUGUUUUCCCCACCUCUUGGCUGCUUUUCUUCCUCCACAGUGCCCUGGCUGUGUGAUGGGGUCGUGAUGCACUUUAUCUCCUUGCUGUCUGUAUUGCAAGCAGUGGAGCUUCAAUCAGCUCAGAGACUGGACCCGGAUGGCCGUACAUUUCCAUGUGUGAUGAACUCUGCGCUGCCAGCACUGUCUGGUCAGAGUUGCCUUUUCUGAUGUUGCCACAUGUUGUUGUCUCUCAAAGUUAAAAGAAAAUCCUCUAGUUCAGU